GCUCCUAAUCAACUUUUGGUCAUUCUUGUGUUGUCACUGUCUUUGUAAACUCACAAGCGGCAGGAUAAACAUUUUUGAGUAGAAGAAAUUUGUGUUUAGUGUUAAAAUGUCUUCGCAAUUUUAUUUGGCGGUUGUUUUCGGUUUAGUUCUGGCAGCUUUUCCAACAGCUUUCGGCCUACAGUGCUGGAAAUGCUCAUCUGAUCAAGACGCGACCUGCCGUGAUCACUUCAACGUCACUAGGAUCCUUCAAAACCAACGAUUCAUCAACAGUUACGUAUAUGGCAACCAACAAACAUCUACGACAACUCCCCACCUCACCACUUGCGAAGGAAUGCACACCUCUACGACUUUCGGGCAAGUGAAAAAUGUUUGCGUGAAGAGGGUGACUACGGCUACGCAUGGUCUCAAGCAAGUAAUAAGAGAAUGCAGGAUGGUUAAUAUUAAUCUUAAGACCGGCGCUUGUCCCGAGGACCUCGCCUAUCCCGGAGUGAAUCAAAACUUGGAGUAUUGCGGAAGUUGCGAAUACGACGGAUGUAAUUCUGCUUCCAUGUCGCAAAUUAUUGUAGCGUUGUUAAUACCUUCCUUGCUUUUGUUAUUGAGGGGUUAGGGGUCCGUUCGACUUAAUCGUACCUGUUAAAUGUAUCGCCAAUGCGAAACAAACCAGCGAAAGUUCCCGAGUACACAAUUAAAGUUGGACUCUGAUGAUAUUGUACGGAUUGUGGUGAUUAUGAUUAUUGCAGACAUGAAUAACACAUAAAAAAUCAAAACAUUACACUUGGGAAUGUGCCUCUAAUCACCUAAUCUAAUUUUGUUUUAUUGUUUUAUUUUGUUUUAAUGUAAUAAUAGUUAUGCCAAAGCAUUUCUGAAGACACUUGGGAAUUGUACGAAGAACAUUGUUCGUUUAAGAUGGUCCAAAUUAAUUGUAAAAUAAAAAGUCGAGCAAUUACCAUUAAUCGCUGUAUAUAUUUUUUCUCGUUAAUUUAUAACUUAUAAGAUUCUUUUCUAUAAAAAAUAGGUUGGUUUUAAAUGUGUGCUUUUUGUAAAGUGAAUCUGAACAAAAUACACACAAAUUUCAAUAGGUAUUAUUUUGUACAUACGUGAAGAUUAGGAUCACCAAUUUUUAUUUUUGGCAAUGAAGCAUGUUAUAAGCAAUUAAUUACGUAAUUAAUUGUAUAUUAACGAACUAGCGCACCUUCAUCAAUUGAAUUGCUUGUUACUUAUCGUUUUGAAUUAUGGAAUUUUUAUAUAUUGUUAAAUGACUGUAAAUAGAAGAUCCCCUUUACGUUUUAUUAGUCAUACAUGACAGUAAAUUAUUUAUUGUACCGAUAUUACCAAAUAAAUGUUUUCAUUGUA